CUUGAUAUGCAGGUCCAUCACAAUGAAAACAAGUCACUUGCGCUCCUCGGAUCUUCCUAAUUAAGACCUGUCUAAUUAAAUUACAGCCUGGACUUAACCAAUGACAGCACUUGUUUCAUUAGCAAAGAGAAGAGAGAAAAAAAUCCUCCCUGAUUGCAGAAUGGUGUCAAUUGGCUAAUUUGCCGCCUUCCAUACUUCAAGACAUGCGCGAGGCGUUUUCACAAGAUUAGGAAAGGCGUGUGCAAAAGCCUGUGAUAUAGGUUGAGCUAAUAGUUGCUUCCCAUUGAGCUAUGCAGGUUGAGAACUGCAACCCGCUGGCGAGUGAUCUCUCCAAGAAAUUUAUAAGUGUGGGCAGUGGCUUUCCGAGCUCCAAUGGAUCGGAGUUUUCGUUGCAGGACCAUCCUAUUAUAUCUGCAAGUGACAACCUGGAGAGAGGUUCACCUCUGAAAAAAAACUCCAGGGAGAUGACGAAUCAGUCAGAGGCAGACAAUUUUCCCGACUCCAAGGACGCAUCAGGGGACGUCCAGAGGGGCAAACUCUCUCCUGAUCUUCACGGAGUCUCUGACAUCCGUCAUAAUUUCGAUGGAUCUGCAGGAGAAAGGUGCAUCUUUUCUCCGUCUACCCAGCCGCAGUCAGUUUCAGCAGCAGCCGCCAGUGCCAUGUUUCCUUACCCGAGCCAGCAUGGACCCGCGCAUCCGGCUUUUUCCAUCGGGAGUCCCGGCCGAUACAUGGCCCAUCAUCCCGUGAUAACAAAUGGACCGUACAACAGCCUUUUAACCAACACCUCUCCUCAGGGCUACCCGGCAGCGGGUUACCCCUACGCGCAGCAAUAUGGACACACGUACCAAGGGGGGGCUUUUUACCAGCUAUCCUCGGCGCAGGCGGGACUGGUUCCGGGCAAAGCGCAGGUGUAUUUGUGCAACAGGGCCCUGUGGCUGAAGUUUCACAGACACCAGACAGAGAUGAUCAUCACAAAACAAGGACGACGGAUGUUUCCCUUUUUGAGCUUUAAUAUUUCUGGCCUGGAUCCAACUGCUCACUACAAUAUUUUUGUGGAUGUAAUACUUGCUGAUCCAAAUCACUGGCGCUUUCAAGGUGGAAAAUGGGUGCCAUGUGGAAAAGCAGACACAAACGUGAUAGGCAACAGGGUUUACAUGCAUCCAGACUCUCCAAAUACUGGUGCGCAUUGGAUGCGUCAAGAAAUCUCGUUCGGAAAGCUAAAGCUCACAAACAACAAAGGUGCCUCCAACAACACCGGGCAGAUGGUGGUUCUGCAGUCCCUCCACAAGUACCAGCCAAGGCUCCAUGUGGUGGAAGUAAACGAGGACGGGACAGAAGACACCAGCCAGCCAGGAAGAGUGCAGACUUUCACCUUCUCGGAGACGCAGUUCAUCGCCGUUACAGCGUACCAGAACACCGAUAUCACACAACUAAAAAUCGACCACAAUCCCUUUGCCAAAGGAUUUCGGGACAAUUAUGACACUGUCUACACAGGCUGCGACAUUGACCGCCUAACUCCAUCACCGGGUGACUCUCCGCGUUCACAGAUCGUGCCGGGUGCGAGAUAUGCCAUGCCUAGCUCUUUCCUGCAGGACCAAUUUGUCAGCACUUAUGCCAAAUCUCGCUUUCACCCUGGCGUGGGGACUGCUCCUGGCACGGAGCGCAACGUUCCACUCGGCAACAGCUUGCUGUCUCCUCAGCAAGCCGAGGAGCCCACUGUUGCCACCCCCCCGCAGCGAUGGUUUGUCACCCCUGCCAACAACCGACUGGACUUUGCAGCCUCGGCAUACGACGCCGCUGAUUUCGCCGGUAACGCGGCCACCUUGCUGUCCUACGCAGCGGCCGGAGUGAAGGCUCUCCCCCUGCCGACUGCGAGCUGCUCCAACCGGCCUCUUGGCUAUUACGCAGACCCGUCUGGCUGGGGAGGACGCACGCCGCCGCACUACUGCGGCGUCAACAGCAAAGCCAGCUCGGUCUUUUCCUGCUGGCCCGCGAACACCAUCGGGGGCCGCUCAGGCACCAGCUACCUGCAGGAGGAGGGGGACUCCAUCAGCACGGAGAGGUCACCGAUCGGUGGCGCAGAGGAGAGCAAAGCCAAAGACAUCACAUCUGAGUCUAGCUGGAUAGAGACGCCCUCCUCCAUCAAAUCCAUCGAUUCCAGCGAUUCUGGGAUCUUUGAACAGGCCAAACGGAGGAGAAUCUCCCCCACUGCCACGCCGGUUUCAGAGACUGUGUCCCCGUUAAAGUCUGAGCUGCUGGCACCGAGGGAGUGUGACAAAAACUGUACAAAGGACAUCGGUUAUUACAGUUUCUACUCUCAUAGUUAGGAAUCUAUCUAUCUAUCUAUCUAUCUAUCUAUCUAUCUAUCUAUCUAUCUAUCUAUCUAUCUAUCUAUCUAUCUAUCUAUCUAUCUAUCUAUCUAUCUAUCUAUCUAUCUAUCUAUCUAUCUAUCUAUCUAUCUAUCUAUCUAUCUAUCUAUCUAUCUAUCUAUCUAUCUAUCUAUCUAUCUAUCUGACCGUUCCAUCAUUACAUCCAAAGUGUACAUUUUUUGGUUAUGACAUAAACUGUUAAGAUUUGUUGUAAUUAUGGAUAUAAUGUAUAUAAAUAAUAAUAUUUGGCAUUUGUGAUAGUGACUGGAUGUCCACAAAAUAAGAAACAAAUAUGAUCCCCUAUGGUGUCUGACAGAGCCAACUGUUCUCCUGUUUGAAGUAGCCUGUUAGUAUCUGAAAUGUUUAGGAAUCUGUACAUGAAAUGGUUUUUUUGUGUAGCAGAAACUGACACGUCAGUUUUGGGGGAAAUGUAUUUCUUAAUUCUAUCAAAGCUGCGGGUGAAGCUGCAGGAAGUUUAAGCGACGAUCUCCUUCCUUCAUGUGGUUAAAGAAGUUUGUCAGUGUUUGUAGACAUGCAGGGUCUCUGCUUCAUUUGAGUUUAUUUGCUUGUACAUGACGUUGUGGAAAAUCUCUGUAUGUGCUGUGAUGUGGAUGAAACUUAAUAAACAGUGUUCCCCAUCAGGGCACGCUUUACUGGA